AUGAGUAAAGUGACGGCGGCAUGGGGUGCUGCCAGCUUAUAUCUAGUUGGCGAGGGUAUCUCGAAGAACAAGGCCGCGUAUUAUAAUGCGUUGGCGACCACUUGCCCAACGUGGGAGGAUGCACGGCAUUAUUUCAACCGUGUGCUAUAUGAUCGCCGUGUGAACCAUCGACGUGGUCAAUCAUUUAGCAUGAUUAUUAGCACCGCUGACGCUAAAAGUGCACGAGAUCUAGCCCAGGGAAAUGCUCAGCCACCGGUGCUAAGCAGCAACGAAUUGCAGCAUUUGAACAGCAUAACCGGGGAAACAUAUGAUUUUGACCAAUAUGGAUUGCUCGCCAUCCGCGCUUACACCAGAGCACAGCUGGCAGAUUCCUCCAUUAUCACAUCGCCAUAUAGCGGAGAACCAGGGUACGCAGAGACCAUUGGUGAAGUCACUGAAGCCGACACCCCCAGACCAGACCGUAUGGGCUUGGGCUCGUCACGGCGACCUGGCCGUGGAAGGGACGGACAAGUUGUGUCCCCGUCCAAUAGACCCAAGCGCACCGCGGUCGAGUACAAUGAUAAUGAUUCCAUCGACGACAUCGACAUAGAUGGAGUUAGAGGCGACGAUAUCCAGUCCAACCACGAGCCAAUGCACAAUGAUCCCGAGCCUCACUCGACCGCAAACUCCGGACCCCCUGCCCCAGAGCACAUAGGCGAUGAUGAUGCUCUAAUGGUUGAUUCUACAAACCCCGAGCAUGACGAGUCGGGUGCUUCUGGGCCCCCUGUCCCAGAGCGCAUGGGCGAUGAUGAUGCUCUAAUGGUUGAUUCUACGAACCCCGAGCGUGACGAGUCGGGUGCUUCCGGGCCCCCUGUCCCAGAGCGCAUGGGCGAUGAUGAUGCUCUAAUGGUUGAUUCUAC